AGGGAAGUUUUGAGCCCCGUCCAAUCGAUGAUCUGCGGCAUACAGGUUGCCAGGCGAUUAACUAUAGACCGUGUUUGUCAGGUGGAACAAUGAAGGUUGGAAUUAUUCAUUAAGAGACAACGUUUGCUAAGUAAGUCUAUAGACUGAAAACCGAUACAGAAGAAAUUGCCACGUUCGUGACAGAAGCCGCACUGAGAGGACGACAUAUUGAAUGUGGUUAAUUCCAGUUGCAGGGACUUAACAUUAAAUCACUUAAGUAAUUAAAAUGUCGGUUAUACUUACCUCUUGUCGUCAUUCAAAACAAAGGGCUAUUGCACGGGCUUUGAAGAAAAGGGCCGAAAAGCAGCAACUGAAAGUGUAUGGAAAGUUGAAGAAGGAAGCAGAGCUACAGGAACUCGAAGCAAGUGCUCUUGAGGCUUUCACAAAGAUGUGGUCGUUUGAGAUUGCGGGCGAAUACUACUCAGUUAUGCUGUACCUCGCCACUGAUAAAGAUACGGUAGACAUAUUCUGCAACGACGAUGAAGUCCAUUACAAUGUGACAGAUGUCACAUCCGCUGGAGCUACAUUUGAGUUCAUGGUAGGGGCAUCAUUCCCGGCGCGAAUCGCCUGCCAAGGAAACCCACAUACUGGUUUGGUCCAUACCUUGUUUAUUAACGAGUGUAUUGUACCGGAAGCGGAUUAGGGAACGUGGCGAUAAGAAAACACGUGCCAGGAAUUUUGUACAAAUGUUUGAGAAUAACAGCAACUUUACGAACAGAAUAUGCUUUAAAUUACAGAUCACAAUUUGUGUUGUAAAUAAUGAUGAUGAUAAGUAUAUAUGUUGAACGAAAAUGGUUAUUUUAACAUAUUAAGCGUGAAAUGUAUUUACAUUAAACUUACUCUACAAUUUUUGUUUGCAUUUCAUGUUUAUUUCUUUUUAUUCUGUUGUAACUGUUGUUAGAGUUCUGGUCGUUUGGAAUCAUGGGGCACAUUCGAUGUCACUUUAUGACAGUUCUGCUGCAGCUGGUGCUGGUAACCCUGGUAACCCUGAGAGGUGCUGCACAUUACAUAGGCAUAGGAAAAAGAGAUCAAUAUAAUUGCAACUUUACUAAUCAUACCAGGUGUUCUGUAUUACAAAAGUGCUUCUAUUGUGACAUUUCGAUACAAGCAAAACUGUAUUAUCUGCACUAUAAAAUACUUACUGGUAUUUCAUUUUAUUAUCGGCUUUUUAAAAGUUAUUUUUUACCAUAAGUAAGUUGACAAAAUCAUAGGAGCCAGUGGUUCAGGGUUAAAUCAAACACAUAUUAAUAAAUCCUAAACAAUUUUGUUGUGCAAAAAUGUAUAUUAUUGUGCUUUAAACCGUUUUCGUUUUCUACUCUAUUGUGUAAUUGCAAGGGAAGUAAACUAAUAAAUAUCUCUGCUUUAAAGUACUAGCCCAAGGCAAGAGUUGACAUUCUUUGCGGAUCACAGCUUUGAAUUAAAUAUUAAAAUUUCUGUUAUUGAUAUUAGCAAAACUAUCAUACAUUGCACAUUUGUGAAAUCAUUUUUGUUAAUUUCAAGGACUUGGAAAUCAAUUUCUAGACUUUAUUUCUAUCAAUGAAAAUGUUAGGGUCUAUCUCUACAUUACAUUACCCUUCAUGAACAGACUGGUCAAACAAAAGUCUGCUAUGGUUUUGCAUGGAUGUGUUCUAUAUUUCCAAAGGAUCUUUUUUCAUAAAUAUCUUAGAUAGCGUUUGGAAAUUUAAAACGAACUGCAAGCACACCCUACAUACUUUGGUGACGUUUGUACUUUAAAUAAGAAUAUAAGCGUAGAAAUUUUCGCUAUGAUAAUAUUUAGAUAAGACUCAUCCUAGUUCAAAAGUUGAUGAAAGAGAAAAAUAUAAAAGGAAAAUUAUAUAAUAGAAUAAUGAAAAGCCUCAAUUUUUUGGGGUAUCUUGGCUUGUAGUAUUUACCAUAGUGUCUGCAAAAAAGCUGGGUGAGCAAGAUGACGAGUGCUUAGAAUAACCGUUACGUAUAUAUUUGUUGUCAUUUUUUUUUUAUAAAUUUGAUAUAUGCAAUUUGUUCCUUUUUGUUAUUGUAAAAAUAAUAGAGAUUCUGGAGUGCUGAUUUUGUAUGGCUAGCGUUACAGAUAUGUUUGCCUAUGUCUAGAUGAUACUUGUGACUAGUCUUACAGAUUUGUAUGGCCAGGUCUUUGAAGAUAUGUGUGUCUAGCUUUACUUGUAUAGCUGUUUCUUGAUGAUACGUGUAACUAGUUUUGCAUGUGUACCUAUGUCUUGAAGAUAUGUAUGGCUAGCCUUACAGAUAUGUAUGACUAGUCUUGAAAAUAUCUGUCGUUAAGGUAAUGGUUUUUUCUGUUUUAUUCAACUUGUAGGUAUGAGCUUAUUUGUCCUAGGUAUGUGAUUGCUCUAUUUUCCUUCCCACCAUAAAACUUUAAAAAUGGACCAUCUUCUAAUUUUUCAAAUAGAAGAAAAGUCAAUUCCGGAUUAAAAGAGGGCAGGAAAAAAAUUACAAAUUACAAAUUACCAUUUGUUAAAAUAUUUAUUAAUUUUAAGUUUAUUAGAUAAAUUUGUUUACUGUCACUAUUGCAGACGGUUGCAUAUUUUCGCCAUGUAACGUUUUGCAUCAUAUAUUCCGUAAAAUUGUAUAUAGAACCGUCUGAGUUGUGGAUCUUUAACAAAAGCCCAUUAUAAGGCCUAAUAUGUGAUUUAUAUGUCUUUUUUUUUACAUAUUUACAAAGAAAUAUAUCUUUAAUUGUAACAUCUUCUACAUUUUUUAGAAUUGGAAUCACAGAAAACAGUAAAUUUGUGUAUGGAGUAAUUUUCUUUUGAAAUAAGAUGUAUAUUUGAAGAACGUUCAGUUUUUAAUUGAGUAAAACAUCAUCUAUAAAAAUAAAUGAUUUACUUUUAAUAGGGCUGUAUUUACAAUGAACUAGUAUCAGUUGGUACUUUAUUAAGCCGGGCAUUUUUGCAAUAUCUAUGCUCACAGCUUGUCUGAAAUAUCCUCAAUAUAGUAACUAGUCAGUUUUAAAGGAAUAAAUAAGAUGGAAAAUGUCUGCCACAUAGAGUAUCUAAUUUUUUUUUGGUAGAUCAGCGUUUACAGAAAAUUGUAAUUUUAAUUUUUUAUUUUACUUUGUAAACUUAUUGUUCAUCCCUUGUUUUUAUAAUUUCUGACGGACUCUUACUUUUCGGUGCAGAUUUAUUUUUUGAAUUGUUGAAUGCUUAUAUAUUUAAAAAUGAAACGAAUAGAGUAAUUUUAUACCUUUCCAAACGGGACGACAGUUCUUUAGAAUAUAAUUUUCUCGUACAACAUCAUCGUUCAGUUUGAAUAAUCUGGCAGGCUAGUUUGAACUAUGCAAAUAGUGUCGUAUUAAACAAACCUGUGGGAUGUAUAAACAAUGUUUAUUGACACAACAUUAAAAAGUUUUCGAUUUUUGCAAUUUGUCAAUUUGUAUUCGUUUACUUUGAACAAUUGUUGUACAAAGCAUUGAUACUUCUGCUUUCAGUAUUUAAAAGAUAUUGAUUUACCGUCUUAAUAGGUAUCAAAUAGUAACAAAUUUAUUUUCUAUGUGUUGUAUUUUGAAUAUUAUGGAGUAGCAUAUCUGUACAUACUUUUGGACCUAACUUUAUCAACGUUUUAAGUCUGAAGUACUGACACACUGAGUUCGUAUUCAUCAACGUUUCAUGUCUGAAAUGCUAACGCACUGAGUCCGUAUUCAUCAACGUUUCAUGUCUGAAAUGCUAACGCACUGAGUCCGUAUUCAUCAACGUUUUAAGUCUGAAAUGGAUUUACAGACAAAUUAACAAAAUUUUUUUUUUAUAAAUUUCCUUUCAACAAAUGUAAGGCAGAUUGAAUAUUUAUCUCGUUUUAGUCUAAAAAAUGUUUCAGACUACAUGUAUAAACAUUGAUAAAUACAUUGUCUGACAUUGUCGUACCCAGCUUUUCAGUAACAAGGGUUUUCCUUAAUUUGCUUCUUCUCUUUUUUAAAAUAACGCACUACAAUUCAUAUUAUACAUCAUUUUAAAUAACUUCAAGGGCGGUAACAAUAACUUGUUAAGAAUCAUUCCGUUGUAAAUUUUAAUCGUCUAAGACACCAAAUGGUUUUAACAUUUCAAUUUUGGCUUCAUUUGUGAAUGGAUUGAUAAAAAGCAUCGAUGAUAUCUUACUUAGUAUCAAAGCAAACGUUACAUGAAAAACAUUGUAAAUUGUCAAAAAACAUAGUUUUAUGGGCAAGACUUUUACGUAUGGAAAUAUAAAUUUUAGCUUCAAAAUCAACAUUAUGAAAGUUAUCUCGGGACAGUCCCUAUUUCCAUUCCUAGAUCUGUAUUUUGCAAAAUAUAGCCGAAAGUCACGAAUACUUAUUUUACCAAUAGUGUAAACUUUAAAAAUUCAAAUAAAACACUUUGAUCGGCUAUAUCUUUUAGCAAAGUGUCAAAAUACUGUAGUGUUAUAAAUUCAUUAAACUGUUAAAAUCGGAAUUGAUAUCUUUAUUAUAGACCUAAACAGUUGAUGAAUUUGGGUAUAUCUGUAGCAGUUAAAUUUUAGAAGAUGAAACACACUUUAUCAUUUUCUUUGAAUAUCUGUUCUUUGUUAAAAAGAAGAGAAAAAUCUAUAACGCUUUGUGCAAUUAUUUAAAGUAAGUCAAGUUUCAUUAACUCGAACUCGACGGGACUAGAAAAAAAUUAGUUCGAUUGAUCGGUUGUUCGAGUUAUCAAAAAAAAAAGAUUUAUACAGGGAUUUUUGCGGGACCUGGUGACGAGUUCGAGAGAAGGGUGCUGUAAGAAAUUAUCCCAGUUCGAGUUAGCGAAGUUUGACUGCAUAACAUACUUUUCUCUUCGUUGUCAGUUUGUUACAGAAACUUGCCUUGAAGUCAUGUUUAUUACCAUAUUGAAGCCUUUCUAGGGAUUCAUUCAGACCUUAACUAUGGAGUAUGGAAUAAACUAUAAACACACGAAAAACGAAUUUUAUGCAGAAAUUACAUCUUUUUUAUGAACUGUAACUUUUGUAAAAUAUGCUAUAUAGUUGUGCACUUAUAGAAUAUACUAUAGACCAACAUACACUAUAAUUGUGCUUACACCCUGUAGUCAGUUUUCAUCUUAUGGAGGAAAAAGUGGCACUGUGAAGUUUUUUGUUUUGAAGAAAAGACUGGCUUUACCGAACAUAAAAAUUAUGAAAAGUAGUGAAGGCUUGACUAUUCGCGAGAGAACCAGGCAAAUACCUAUUUCUCACAACCAUGAAGAAAUGAUUUUCGACAUAUCUUGGAGAUUUAUAUGUGUGGAAAGUAAAACUUUGAUAAAAAUUCCAACCACUUCUCGCAUACCAUAUAGGUGCAUAUUGAAUUAUAGAUGCUAAUAUUUUUUGUUUUAAAACGUUUAUAUAACAGGGAGAAAAUUUGAACUCAUUAACAAUAUUAAAGGGUUAAUUGUUUUGUCAGAGAUGAAAAAUGGUAUGUUUUGACAGAAUACGAGCUCUUUGACUUAAACAUUAUUUGGAAGGGCCGAAGUUAUUCCCAUUCGUAUAGAUGACUAAUCUGUAUUUCUUACAAUAUUGUGAAAUCAUGCGUUUUGUUCCAAUAUAAAAUUAUGAAAACAUGGAAACAGACCAAAGUCAUUAAAAAAUGAACUCAAAAUGCCAUCUUCUUUGAACUUAUGGUUGAUAAGAAGAGUUUAAAUGUACAAAACAUUUUGAAAGCUUAUGAGCAAAAUAUAGAAAGAGAGAAAAGAAAGUUAUUAAUAAGAAUUAGAAAGGUUUUGGCCUUGUGUGCCUUACAAUUGUGUUAUGUCUUAUUUUACCGUUAUUAACAAAUAAAUUUUGUUGAUUAUCA